AUGCACCCCAUCACAGGACACGGCGGAAACGCAGCAAUCGAGGACUGCGCCUAUCUAGCGAACCGUCUUCAGGACCUUCUCGAACGUGGGCAGACUCCAACAUACUCACAACUCCAAGACAUCUUCUACGAGCUGCAGGAAGAACGUCGGCCGAGGACCGAGUUCCUAACGAAAGGCGCGCACCGGCUGGCACGGUUAGAGUCGUUUGGCACCCCGGUUUUAAAACAAGUCAUGCUGCAUAUCUUUCCCCGGGUUCCGUGCGAAAAUAUCCUGGCUGGAUUGGCGGAAUCAAUGACGCAGGGAAAACCGCUCAUGUACCUGCCGCUUCCCCAAAGGGCUAAACGUCUAACGCCCUACGACGAUGAGGUGGCAGUCACUCCAAAACGCCGAUCAGCAUUGUCGUCGUACACCUGGGUCCUUUUGUUUCUUCUAGCUGGUUCGCUGCGCUACUUGUUACCUCUAGAUGCCACAAGCAGCCAGAAUCCCGCCAAUCUUACAGAAUCCGCCUCCUGGCGACACUACGAGGGUAGGACAUAUUUCUGCAUCAGCGCUAUUUGGACCGUCGAAUCGUAUCGAUCAGCACUAUCCCUGGGCCCUCUCCUGACUCCGAUCCCAUGGAUGCUGCUAUCUGAAUACAUUGGCUGGCACAUCGCUGUGUCCCUCUACUCUGCUCUGUGGGUUCUCGGUACUCGGUAUCGUGGCUUCUACCACCCGUGGCCGCGCGCCGUUCCUCUGGCUGCUGCAGAGGCCCUUCUCAUCGCACUCCCGGUUGCGUUGUGGGGUUCGGUUAUCUUCAAGGACAUUGCUCUCGGUGCCUUUACCCUCUAUCGUGGGGCCGCUCCGUACAUACUCCUUCCGGUCCUCACUUCACUGCUCAGCUACGUCUUCAAGCGUGACGGGACGCGUUGGGUACCAGCCCUGCAGUGGGGAAACCGUGAUAUCAGCUACACCUCACCAUUCUUCUCUCUCAUAUUUAUCGACGUUGGGAUUUCUCAUAUCAGCUUCGUCAUGAACGAUCUAAUCCCGGUUCUGGGUGCCUACACAGUGUCUCUCCCAGAUGAAGUGGUGGGGUUCGUGUCUAUCACCCUGCUCAUCAUGCUCUGGCUGCUAUUCACAGCAUGGGACCUUCACCGGGUCAAGAUCCUCAACUGGGCUCUGGGCCGUGCAGGACUGUAUAUCGUUCUGGGACUCGCCCUCGUCGGCCCUGGAGCCACACUAAUCGCCGCGUGGUGGGCAAGGGAGAAAGUUUGGGAAAAGUCUCGUCAGAGAAUCUCGGACGCCCGGUACGCUGGGGCUGCCCCACAACUCAAAUAG